CAGCAGGAGACGGAGCCCCAAGGGCACGGACCGGAAGCGGAAGUGUGCAGCAGAUCUUCUUCCGGGCGGACGUGGAGCCGGAAGCAGAGGUUCCGGGCUCCGGGAUGAAAGGAGGGAACGCAGGUGAGAAAGCGAGACAGGCAGACAGCUGGCAGAGAGAGAAGUUGGCUAGCAUGGAAUCACCAGAGGAGCCUGGAGCAUCCAUGGAUGAGAACUACUUUGUGAACUAUACUUUCAAAGAUCGGUCACACUCAGGCCGUGUGGCUCAAGGCAUCAUGAAACUGUGUCUAGAGGAGGAGCUCUUUGCUGAUGUCACCAUUUCGGUGGAAGGCCGGGAGUUUCAGCUCCAUCGGCUGGUCCUCUCAGCUCAGAGCUGCUUCUUCCGAUCCAUGUUCACUUCUAACCUGAAGGAGGCCCACAACCGGGUGAUUGUGCUGCAGGAUGUCAGUGAGUCUGUUUUCCAGCUCCUGGUUGAUUAUAUCUACCAUGGGACUGUGAAACUUCGAGCUGAGGAGUUGCAGGAAAUUUAUGAGGUGUCAGACAUGUAUCAGUUGACAUCUCUCUUUGAGGAAUGCUCUCGGUUUUUGGCCCGCACAGUGCAAGUGGGAAACUGCCUUCAGGUGAUGUGGCUGGCAGAUCGGCACAGUGAUCCUGAGCUCUAUACUGCUGCCAAACACUGUGCCAAGACCCACCUGGCCCAGCUGCAGAAUACAGAGGAAUUUCUCCACUUGCCUCACCACCUACUCACAGAUAUCAUCUCGGAUGGAGUUCCAUGUUCUCAGAACCCAACAGAGGCAAUAGAAGCCUGGAUUAACUUUAAUAAAGAGGAAAGAGAGGCUUUUGCAGAGUCACUCAGGACAAGCUUGAAGGAAAUUGGGGAGAAUGUGCACAUUUACCUGAUUGGGAAAGAGUCAUCUCGUACCCACUCGUUGGCUGUGUCCUUGCACUGUGCAGAAGAUGACUCCAUCAGUGUAAGUGGCCAAAACAGCUUGUGCCACCAGAUCACUGCGGCCUGCAAGCAUGGUGGAGACUUGUAUGUGGUGGGAGGGUCCAUCCCACGGCGCAUGUGGAAGUGCAACAAUGCCACCGUUGACUGGGAGUGGUGUGCUCCUUUGCCUCGGGACCGGCUCCAGCACACCCUGGUGUCUGUGCCCGGGAAAGAUGCCAUAUAUUCACUGGGUGGCAAGACACUGCAAGAUACCCUCUCCAAUGCAGUCAUUUAUUAUCGCGUAGGUGAUAAUGUGUGGACAGAGACAACCCAGCUAGAGGUGGCUGUGUCAGGGGCUGCUGGUGCCAACCUCAACGGGAUCAUCUACUUACUAGGGGGGGAGGAGAAUGAUCUGGACUUCUUUACCAAACCUUCCCGACUCAUCCAGUGCUUUGACACAGAGACAGACAAAUGCCAUGUGAAGCCCUAUGUGCUGCCCUUUGCAGGCCACAUGCACGCAGCUGUGCAUAAAGAUCUGGUGUUCAUCGUGGCUGAAGGGGACUCUCUGGUAUGUUACAAUCCCUUGCUAGACAGCUUCACCCGGCUUUGCCUUCCUGAGGCCUGGAGCUCUGCCCCAUCCCUCUGGAAGAUUGCCAGCUGUAACGGGAGCAUCUAUGUCUUCCGGGACCGAUAUAAAAAGGGGGAUGCCAACACCUACAAGCUUGACCCUGCCACUUCAGCCGUAACUGUCACAAGAGGUAUUAAGGUGCUGCUUACCAAUUUGCAGUUUGUGUUGGCCUAAGGCUGUGGGGAGGGGAGGAGAGCUGCUUACUCCUUUUCCCUCCCCAUCCAAACUCAAAGUCCCCCGGGCCCCAAUUCAGAGUAAUGUAUUUUUUGGCACAUACUAGAAAGGCAGUGCCUCAGCCCUUCCCUGAACCCAUGGAGGUGUUCUGUUUGGGGCUUUUUAGACUGCUGCUGCUCAGCUGGUUGCUUGAACUGACAGUAGGCCAGCCUGUUCUCUGCCAUCCCCUAGUCAUUGUGUGCCUCACCACAGCUUGCUUAGAGCAAGCUGUUUCUCAGACCUUAGGCACAGCCUCUCCUCUUUACCUGAUCAAUGUUAAAUAUAAGCACCCCUGAUCCCAGGACAUAAGGAAAGAUGCCCAAUUGUACUUCUGUUCUAUAACCUAUGAAAUGGCUAGUUGAUCAUUUUUCCACAAAGAAUUAGGUGUUAAGAGUUUUCCUUCAGGCUUUACUUAGGAGAAUGGACUACGCUGAAGGUGUACUUCACCAGCAAGAGUCAACUGUAGAAUUCAGGACGUUCCUUCUAUUGUUUUCUCAUCCAUCUGUCAGGAAAUGUAACUUUGGUUUUAUUUUUGGCUUAUUCCAAGGGGUAAGCCAGAAAAUAGAAAUGAUUAUUUCUGAUUAAUAGCAGAAACUUUUUCAAGCUCAAAUAUGUAAGGUGUCUGCUCUUUUAAAAGCUCUAAGCUAAGUCAAGAGCUAGGAAGUGUUGAUACAAAUAAAAGUUUUUGAAGGGA